AUGUCAGUGAAAGACGAAAUUCCAGCAGUUUUUCUUGAAAAAAUAUCUCCUCGUGGUCUUGAAGCAAUUCAAAAGACUAAGGACUUUGUCAACGACUAUUGUCUUCCUGCGGAUAAGAUCUACUAUGAGCAGAUAUCAACAGAUCCAGCAACGAGAUGGACUCAAGUUCCUCCAAUAAUCGAGACCUUAAAAACCAAGGCUAGAGAAUUGGGAUUAUGGAAUAUGUUUCUCUCCAAGCAUUACAAGGAAGGACCCCAAUACACUAAUUUGGAAUAUGGUUUGAUGGCGAGGUACUUGGGUCGUUCGCACACCGGACCAGAGGCUACUAAUACAAACGCUCCCGAUACAGGUAAUAUGGAAUUGUUUGCCAAGUACGGCACUGAGCAUCAAAAGGAAAAGUAUUUGAAACCAUUGCUUGAUGGUAAGAUUAGAUCCGCUUUUUUAAUGACUGAAAAGGGAACAUCCUCAUCAAAUGCUUUGAAUAUCCUGACCAGUGCUGUAAAGAACAAAAGAGGCAACUACGUGUUAAAUGGUGUCAAAUGGUUUGCCUCGGGAGCUGGAGAUCCUAGGUGUGCUGUUUGGCUUAUUAUGUGCAAAACUGACGAUAACAAGGAAAAACCUUAUAGGAACCAUACCGUGUUGAUUGUGGAUGCCAAACGUGCUUUGGAAUCUGGCAAAGCCAAGUUGAUUAGACCUUUACAUGUUAUUGGGUUUGACGAUGCACCACAUGGCCACUGUGAGAUUUCCUUUACUGAUUACGAAAUACCUAGCGACGAAAUGCCUCAUGUUGUUAUGGCCGGUGAAGGUCGAGGCUUUGAGUUGAUCCAGUCCAGGUUGGGGCCAGGUAGAAUCCACCAUUGUAUGAGAGCAAUAGGCACCGGUGAGUUUGCUUUGAUGCGCAUUGCGCAAAGGGCAAACCAUAGAAUUAUUUUUGGCAAGCCAAUGAAUCAGAGAGAAAGUUUCCUCUACAAAUAUGCACAAAGCAAGAUUGAUAUUGAAAGGUGUUUCUUACUAGUCCUUAAUGCUGCACACAAGAUUGACAUUUCAAAUGCCAAAUUGGCACAACGAGAAAUUGCUAUGGCCAAGAUUGAAACCCCAAGAACAAUUUCAGAUAUCCUUGACUGGGGAAUCCAAGUAUUCGGCGCAGAGGGUGUUUCCCAAGAUGUCGAAUUGGCUAGAAUGUACGCUUUGAACAGAACUUUGCGUAUCGCUGAUGGUCCAGACGAAGCUCACUUGUCACAAUUAGCACGUAAUGAAGCAAAGAAAUUCACUGAGAUUGAUAAGUAUUUUGCAAACUUUGACUCUCAGCAACAAAAGCUUGCUAAGUUUUAA